AGGAUGCUCCACAAGGCUGGGAGGGAAUACAUUCACUAGGAGUUUGUGCUGAAACCUCGGCCAUUAUUAGCCACACAGCCUCAGCCUCGGAACCGCCACUGCUCUGCAGAAUAACUUUCCACACCCUGUGUGUUUUGACUCUCCUCUCACCAUGAAUUAUUUGCGUCGGCGUCUCUCAGACAGCACGUUCAUCUCCAACCUUCCCAAUGGCUACAUGACAGACCUUCAGCGGCCUGACCCGGCUCAGCCUCCUCCACCUGCCUCUUCCGCCCCUGCCAAGUCUCCCACGGCCGGGCCAACUCCUCCUGCCACUUCCCCUGCUCCGGAGAGGAAGCCUCCGCAAUCGCAGUCGACUGGAGCUGGUUUCUUCAGUUCCAUCACCAACGCCGUGAAGCAGACAGCAGCAUCAGCAGGGCUCGUGGAGCAGACCCAAGUCACGACUCCUAAGAAGUUUAAGAUUCUCCUUGUGAUCGAUGAGCCACAACAGGAAUGGGCAAAAUUGCUCAAAGGAAAGAAAGUACAUGGGGAUUAUGACAUCAAGGUGGAACAGGCUGAAUUCAAUGACAUCAACGUUGUGGCUCAUGCCAACGGGACAUGCAUCGUUAACAUGCAGGUUCUCAGAAAUGGUACCAAUGUUGUCAGGUCCUUCAAGCCUGACUUCGUCCUCAUCCGUCAACAUGCCUUCAGUAUGACCCAGAAUGAAGAUUUUCGCAACAUGAUUAUCGGUCUGCAGUACGGUGGUGUCCCAAGCAUCAACUCCCUCGAGUCCAUCUACAACCUGUGUGACAAGCCGUGGGCGUUUGCCCAGCUUAUCAACACCUACAGGAAGCUAGGUGCUGAGAAGUUCCCUCUGAUUGAACAGACCUUUUACCCAAACUACAAGGAGAUGGUGAGCAUGCCAUCCUUUCCUGUUGUUGUGAAGAUUGGGCAUGCCCACUCCGGUAUUGGAAAGGUGAAGGUAGAAAAUCACAGUAAGUUCCAGGACAUAGCCAGCGUCGUGGCUCUCACCCAGACUUACACCACCACAGAACCUCUCGUUGACUCCAAGUACGAUAUCAGAAUCCAGAAGAUUGGUGCUGACUACAAAGCCUACAUGAGGACAUCUAUAUCUGGUAACUGGAAGACCAACACUGGCUCAGCGAUGCUUGAGCAGGUCGCCAUGACUGACAGGUACAAGCUGUGGGUGGACACCUGCUCAGAGAUUUUUGGAGGUCUUGAUAUAUGUGCAGUUAAAGCUAUCCAUGGAAAAGAUGGCAGAGAUUUCAUCACAGAGGUGGUGGGAUCCUCCAUGCCGCUGGUAGGGGAACACCAGGCUGAGGACAGGCAGCUCAUCGCUGACAUGGUGUUCGCAAAAAUGAAUGAGUUAACUGAGAAUGAAGCUAACGCUCCGCAGAGACCCACCACCAUACAACCAUGUCAGGGAGCUGGCCAGAAGGGGGAGAUUGUUGGCGACAGCACCAAGAAUGGAGUCGGGCGCCCACCUCAGGGCUGCCUGCAGUACAUUCUCGACUGUAAUGGCGUUGCAGUGGGUCCAAAACCAGUCCAGGCCAACUGAAACUGUAAUUCAGGGCAAAGUCUAGUUGCAGAGUCUAAAUAACAAGAAUAACACAAUUGCAGAUGUGUUUAUUAAUGCCGAUGGCUAGAAUCCGAUCUCGGUGGCGUGAGCUCGGCACAGCUAGGAGCUGGCCCGAACUGUGUUUUUAAUUCUAUGCAGUGUCAACAUGUACUGUCUACCCACUGACCCGUUGUUUUGUUGUGCCUGUAUUGGUAACAAAUGUCUCAGUAGUGUUUUUUUUCUUCUUCUUUUGAUAUUUUUUUGUAGUUGUUGAGGGUGUAAAAAGAAGACUGUGCCUACUCUGAGUUCAGUGGGUCUUUGUGCUGCCAGUAUGACCCAGCUUGAGUCCUUAAUUUGCCUCAGAUAUCAUUUUUUGAUUUUUGGUGUGUACCUCUAGAUGUUGUUCAAACUGUGUAGAACCAUGCAGUUUGAAUGUUUUGUGUAUCCUAAUAUGUAUAUGGUAAGUGGGUGUGUACGGCUGUAGUGGUGAUUAUUUUCGUACGUAUACUAAUAGAUAUUUAUUUUAUUUUUGCAUGAUUGAUACUAAAGCAGGUGUAAAUCUGUUAUAAGCAUCUGAUCCAGCCAGUUAUUUAUCUAACGUGGCUACUUCAUUGCUGUGUUUCUCUUGGCUGUGUUGCCUGUGAUUCAUGCAUUGUGAAUGUGUAAUAAGGCAUGAAAAUUACAAGCUGCAGGAUACAGUGUACUUACAUAGUAAGUAAACAUCACUUUACUUCACUAUGAAAAGUAUAGGAAAGUAAUGUUUGCCUUUUAUUUAAAUAAUAUAGUAAAAAUGUCACGACAAAAGACGUUAUAGAAUAUCUACAAAUUUAAAAUGAAAUUCAGAGAUUUAUUAAAGAUGUUAUUAUGUAGAGGGCUGUGCAGGUGUCUCCCCACACAACUUUAAUAUAUUUACAUAAUUUUGAACCAAAGAUUAUAUUAUUUACUUUCAGUCUUUGCACUCUAGUAACCUACAGUGUAAAUACAAGUAGGAGGACCAUUAACCCUCAACGUGGAUGGUGCUUUUUGUUAGAUAACAGUUGUGCAAGAUAAUAGUUAAUGUUUUCAAAUUACCUGUUACAGAUCACAAGCCAGUGAACUGAUGUGAUAUUAAAGCUAUUGUUGCCUUUUUAGUUAUGUGGAAGCAGACAUUAUUUCUAUUAAUCAAAGUAUAGUCUCCCUGGUCGCUCUCGCGCUAGAUAACAGCUAUUGUAGAGGUGUUGCUAUGACAACGGUGAAGGUGCCCUGAGUUUGCUCUGUUAUGGACCGCUGUAGUGCUUCUGUGCUUGUGUUACUGCCGUCCUUGUGACUUAAUAGAAAGUGCAAUAUAGAUCUUUUUCCUUUCGAUUCAGUAACGUACCUAUAUUAAAAUCAGAUCUUCCGUUUAAAUUAUUUCAAAAAAGCUAUAGAUGUUAGUACCCGGUAUUUUUAAAACUCACAUUUUUCUUAUGCCCUGUCACAAUCACUUGCUGUUGUCCAGUAUUGUUUUUUUUUCUUGUUUUUUUGUGGAGACUUAUCAAUUAUAUCAUAACCUAAAUGGUGAAACAGCUAAAUGGCAACCAAAUCAACUGUAAAAAGAAAUCAGUACCGUUCUCAAGUGAUUUCUUUGUUGCUAUUAUAUAAAAAGAUGUUCAGGAAGCUCUGUGUGCAGUAAUUUUAUAAGUUGUAUAAAGUGCCAUUGUAUCCGUCAGUGUACCCAUGUGAAAGCCAUGCCUGAGGCUUUAUGGAUGUGUUGUUGUGUUAAACAGGAAAUAUGCCAUGACACUGAUUUCCAAGGGAAGAAUGUGCAGAGGUUCCUGAGUCAGUAAAAGCUGCCUUUUUAGGUCCUCAGUUGUAACUGGGCAUGCUCAUUUGAGGUGAAACUUGUGUCUUCACACCUAACUAAGAAGAACCAAGGUACUUUUGAAACUGAUGUUAAAAGUUUAAAUCAAGAUCAGAAUAAAAUAUAUUGUGGAAAAGAUUUCUAUUGUGAGUAUUUCCUGUCUGUCG